AUGUUAGGUGCCUGGAAAAGUAGGUGGGGUGCUAUUAGCAGUCAGUGUCAGGACCUGAAGGCCAAGCGGAACAGUCACGAUCUGUCAGAAGCACAGCAGCAUUCACCGCCACAAGCGGCUCAACCUAGCCCGCCAGCCAGCCGCACUAACACUGACGCCACAAUAACCCAAAACGGCAAUUUUCCAGUCCAAGAAAAAAGCGCUCGGAGCCCCGACGCGAAAGUUGCGCGCCGAUCGGCCCGUAUGCGCACCAUCCUCGAUCCUUCACACACGAGCUCGACACCCGCGCUCAGACAACUCCUGCACCAUCGCAUUCAAGCUCUUAGCUCCGAAGCUGUCAACAUGGCUGACCCUCCUCACCGCGCUAACAAUUUUCCGCUUUUGCCGCCUUUGCCCAAGGAGAGCGCCGUCCGUGAGACGCUCGGUCGUGAGCAGGCUUCUGAGCAGGCUCGUCAGAUGAGUCCGCUGCCGGCUAUGCAGCAGACUCAGCACUAUCCUUCUACUCCCACUAACCAACAGGCUCCCGUGCCGGGUCGUAACCUUGCGCCCCUGCCUGCUCGUCGCAGCACCGUCAGCUUCAGUGGCUUCAAUCCCGUCAACCCCAACUCUAACAACGCCAACCAUAGCAGCAGCAACGUCAGCAUGGCCAGCUCCAGCCCGGCUAGCACUAGUUCCUCAAUGGACGGCGUCGCGUCCUCGUCUCGUACUGGUCCGACCACGCAGACGCAGUCCGCCGACCGCGACAUCGUCAUGAUUGACCUGACGUCUUCUCCCUCCAACGCGCCCACGACGUCCGCGACACCCGCGACGCAGAGGCCCCUCAUUCGCUUUGAUAGCACGUCUCAUGGUGGGUUCCGUUCGGGUCACCAUGGUGCCUUGUUCCCUUUGGAUGGUGGUAUCCUCAACCCUUAUGCCGUCGACUACCCUGCUUCUUUCAACCCUUAUGCCGUCGCUUCCCCUCCUGCCGGUCUUGCUGCUGCUUAUGCGGCUAUUGGUGAUGCGUUCCCUGGUGCUGCUCAACGUCGCCGUGCUCAGACUGUACAUCAGAACCUUACUCAACCUGGACAGCAGAACCCUUAUCAACUUGGACAGCAGAACCCUACUCAACCUGGACAUCAGAACUCCGCUCAGCCUGGACCUGAGAACCUCGCCCAGGCCGGUCAAACUACUCCAACUGAACCUCAGAGCCCCAUCCGGACUGGACGUCGGAACCCCACUGACCUCCGCUUGUUGGUCGACCAGGAUACAGAGGACAUUGAGGCGUCCCGCACGCUGUGGUUCAUGUCACACGACAUGAUCAACCCGAGAGAGGAACCGACGGCUAGUGCUCGUCCACAGACACCCGCAGCUCAGGCUCAGGCCAGCACCGACGCCCUCGAUGCCCAGAUAGCCUCCGGUGCCCAGUCCAACGAGCCCGCUCGCGAAGCUGGAGUUAGACAGGACAUUCUCACCGCCACUGGCCCCAUCUACGCAGCUCUGAACCGCCAGAACCAGAACCAGGGUCAGACCCAGAAUCAAGGCCAGAACACGACCACGAACUUCCGCAGGCUCCCGGCCAUCAACCCUGGAGAUGACUCUGCUAACGCGACGCCGGAAUCCCGUCUUCGCAUCGAGAACGCUCAUCUACGCCGCGAGCUUGACAGAGCAGUGGCUAGGUACGAACUGGUCAACCAACAGUUCAAGGAUCUUCAGGAGAGGUACCACCAGUCUCUCGAGUCUGUGACCACUUUGCAGGAUGAGAUGCGUGCCCAAGACAUGGUCAUGCUGCAAUGGUCUCACAGACUGCAAAACAGCCAGCUGCACCAGAACCAGCCCGCUGCACAGAACCAGCCCGCUGUCCAGACCCAGCCCGCUGCUCAGACCCAGCCCGCCCAGACCCCGAGAGUUCAGGCCCAGAAUGUCCAGCCCCCUCAGCCUGUUCAGAACCAGCAUCACCAGGGCCAGGAAACCCCGAACCACCAGCAGCAGCAGGUCCAGGAAGUCCCAACCCAACACACCCGGAACCAAUUCCCCGGCCAAGGCCAAUUCCGCAUCAACCAGCCCGCGCAGACGCAGCCCCACCAGAGGCUUCCUCGCCAGAACCGCCCUCGCCAGAACCAUCCCGGACAGCAGGAGCGCCAGCAGAAGCGCCAGCAGGACUAGGUCGCCACCACCGGCUUCUUGGCACCAAGUACUAACGACUUCCUCUUGUCAGCCUGUCGAUUUUGGCAACAAUGUUUCGAGAACCACUCACUGACGGAGCGAAGCGACUAACCCCCUUCCCCCCUUCCCCAAUUUCCCCUUCCCCAAUUUCCCCAAUUUCCCAAUUUUCCCAUUCCCCAACUUCUCCAAUGCACGAUCCCUUCCAGCAGCAACGAGCACACUACCUAUCCACUUCACUGACGACUUCACUUCCCCGACUUGUUUAACUCAACUAAACUCGGCUCAACCACAGCAACCAGCACCAUGGUCCAUGGAUUUGGAGUACAGACUUGGUUCACGACUGGCUGGGUGGGAACACACGAUCGAGUACUGAUAUCUGCGUUGGCUGUUGAGCCUAACCUAAACCACGACACUGCGACACGGCACGUACUGGCGAGGACGCUGUAGUG